CUUCCACUAUUGUGGGUUUUUUGGAUUCUUUGAUGCGCUCACUGAAGGUUUUUCCUUUUGUUUUUCUCUUUUUUUCUUUUUUGCCUCUCAUAGCUCAGGCUCAGAUUGCUGCAGUACGAAGAAAAGACAAAUCUAGGGGCUCUUUCAUUUUCAGGAUGGAGCUUUGUAGCAUUUGCCUUGCAGAGAAGUUUGCUCCCCAAAGGAAUAUUUAGAAUUACAUGGACACUCACUAAGGGAGUGAAGGUGUGGGGGCUGGAAGGGGGGAGAUAGAGAGGCGGACAGGGAGGGAGAGGGAGAGGGAGAAGGAGAGGAAGAGGGAGAGGGAGAGGGAGAAGGAGAGGGAGAGAAUUUCCCAUCUAGCUAACAAGCGAGAUACUUAACUCAAGAUGAAGGGAAGUUUUGCCUUUUCCUGAAAGUUAUAUUAUUAGUUUUUAAAGAAUCAGGAUGGCUGCUAUUUUUUGUUUAAAAUAUUUGUUCUGGAAAUAGUAAAGCUGGAGUCUACCAGACUGAGGUUAGGAGCAUUUUCUUUGGCAGCGAAAAGAUCCUUUUAUACAAGCCAUGCCUGUACUUGGGGUUGCCUCAAAACUCAGUCACCCAGCUGUUGAGCCCAAGCCUCUUCACACUGCUCUUCCGAUACCAAAUCUUGACACAACUCCUUUGCUAUCCUAUUCUUCGAGACCUGUGGAACUUGCUGAAACUCAGAUCUCCAUGCUGUCUUGUCAGCUCACAUUACAGUCUACUUGUGAGUUUGGAGAUCAACACAGCCUCCAAGAAAAGGACAAGGAGAAAGAAGAAAGCCAGAUUUACACUGACUGGGCCAACCACUACCUAGCAAAAUCAGGACACAAGCGGCUGAUCAAGGAUUUACAACAGGACAUUGCGGACGGAGUAUUGCUAGCAGAAAUCAUCCAGAUCAUUGCAAAUGAAAAAGUUGAAGAUAUCAAUGGAUGUCCUAGAAGUCAGUCUCAGAUGAUUGAAAAUGUUGAUGUCUGCCUAAGUUUUCUAGCAGCCAGAGGGGUAAAUGUUCAAGGUCUAUCUGCUGAAGAAAUAAGAAAUGGAAACCUAAAAGCCAUCCUAGGACUGUUUUUCAGCUUGUCCCGCUACAAGCAGCAACAGCAUCAUCAACACCAGUAUUACCAGUCUCUGGUGGAGCUUCAGCAGCGUGUGACUCACACGUCCCCACCAUCAGAAGCCAGUCAGGCCAAAAGCCAGCAAGAUAUGCAGUCCAGUCUGACAGCCAGAUAUGCAACUCAGUCUAAUCACAGUGGAAUUGCAACCAGUCAAAAAAAGCCUACUAGGCUUCCAGGACCCUCUAGGGUGCCGGCUGCAGGCAGCAGCAGCAAGGGCCAAGGAGCCUCUAAUCUAAAUAGGAGAAGUCAGAGCUUCAACAGCAUUGACAAGAACAAGCCUCCCAAUUAUGCAAAUGGAAAUGAAAAAGAAUCCUCCAAAGGACCUCAGCCACCUUCAGGUAUAAAUGGUAAUGUACCGCCUCCCAGCAUGGCUGGGCAGCCCCCUGCCUCUGCUAUCCCUUCUCCGAGUGCCAGCAAACCAUGGCGCAGCAAGUCCAUGAAUGUCAAGCACAGUGCCACGUCUACCAUGUUGACUGUGAAGCAGUCAAGCCCAGCCACCUCCCCCACACCAUCUUCAGACAGAUUGAAGCCACCUGUCUCAGAAGGAGUCAAAACUGCUCCCACAGGACAGAAAUCCAUGCUUGAAAAAUUCAAGUUGGUCAAUGCCCGGACUGCAUUACGUCCCCCGCAGUCUUCCAGUUCAGGACUCGGUGAUGGUGGGAAGGAUGAUGAUGUCUUUUCUGAAUCUGGUGAGAUAGAAAGUUUUAACCCUGCUCUGACUAGUGGUGGCUCCACAAACAGCAGUCCCAAAGUGUCACCUAAAUUGACCCCUCCGAAGGCUGGAAGCAAAAAUCUCAGCAAUAAAAAGUCUUUGCUACAGCCAAAAGAAAAAGAGGAAAAGAACAGAGACAAAAGUAAGGUGUGCACCGAAAAACCAGUCAAGGAAGAAAAGGAUCAGUUGACCGAGACAGCUCCAAAAAAGACCUCUAAGAUUGCAAGCUUGAUCCCAAAGGGCAGUAAGACACCAGCAGCCAAGAAGGAAAGCCUAAUUCCAUCUUCCAGUGGGAUUCCAAAACCUGGCUCGAAGGUGCCAACAGCAAAGCAAACCAUUUCACCAGGCAGCACAGCAAGCAAAGAGUCAGAAAAAUUCAGGACUACCAAGGGAAGCCCUUCCCAGUCCUUACCCAAACCCAUAACCUCAGAGAAAGCAAGCACAUCCAGUUUCCCCGUUCCCUUGGAGGGAAGGGAAGCUGGCCACGCUUCUCCCUCCAGUUCCUGUAUGGGACAAUCAGCACAAAGCAGUGGGCAGAGCACAGGAAAUGGUGCUGUCCAACUCCCUCAGCAGCAGCAACACAGUCACCCGAAUACUGCCACGGUGGCUCCAUUCAUUUACAGAGCACAUUCAGAAAAUGAAGGGACCUCUUUACCAUCUGCUCAUUCCUGUACCAGUCCUACGAAGAUGGAUUCAUCAUAUAGUAAGACUGCUAAGCAGUGCCUGGAGGAGAUAUCUGGUGAAGAUCCUGAAACCAGAAGAAUGAGAACAGUGAAGAACAUAGCAGACCUAAGGCAGAACUUAGAAGAGACCAUGUCCAGUCUUCGUGGGACCCAGAUUAGCCACAGCACCCUGGAGACAACAUUUGACAGCACGGUGACAACAGAAGUCAAUGGCAGGACCAUACCCAACCUGACAAGCCGCCCUACUCCCAUGAGCUGGAGGCUGGGCCAGGCAUGUCCCAGACUACAGGCAGGAGAUGCUCCCUCCAUGGGGGCUGGCUACUCUCGCAGUGGUACCAGUCGAUUCAUCCACACAGACCCCUCCAGGUUCAUGUACACAACACCUCUCCGCAGAGCUGCCGUCUCCCGGCUGGGAAACAUGUCACAGAUUGACAUGAGUGAAAAAGCAAGCAGCGAUCUGGACAUGUCUUCGGAAGUGGAUGUUGGUGGAUACAUGAGUGAUGGGGAUAUCCUUGGGAAGACUCUAAGGACAGAUGACAUCAACAGUGGAUACAUGACAGAUGGAGGGCUCAACCUGUAUACAAGAAGUCUGAACCGAUUACCAGACACUGCAACUUCUAGGGAUGUCAUUCAGAGAGGCGUGCAUGAUGUCACCGUGGAUGCAGACAGCUGGGAUGACAGCAGUUCAGUGAGCAGUGGUCUGAGUGACACCCUGGAUAACAUCAGUACUGAUGACCUGAACACAUCCUCUGUCAGCUCAUACUCCAACAUCACUGUUCCUUCCAGGAAGAACACGCAGUUAAAAACAGAUACAGAGAAACGCACCACAGCAGAUGAGCCAUGGGAUGGUCCUGAGGAGCUGAAGAAAACAGAAGGGGAUUUCGAAAGCCAUGGUGAUGGAGCUGGCAAGUGGAAAGGAGGAUCCUCAGUACUUUCUGAAGACCCUGAAAAGGCAGGGCAGAAGGCUUCCCUGUCCAUGUCACAGACAGGUUCCUGGAGAAGAGGCAUGUCUGCUCAAGGAGGAGCACCAGCAAGGCAGAAAGCUGGUACAAGUGCGCUCAAGACUCCCGGAAAGACAGAUGAUGCCAAAGCUUCAGAGAAAGGGAAGGCGCCCCUAAAAGCACCGUCCCUACAGAGGUCUCCCUCGGAUGCAGGGAAAAGCAGUGGCGAUGAGGGGAAAAAGCCCCCCUCGGGCAUUGCAAGAUCCACUGCCACCAGCUCUUUUGGAUUUAAGAAAGCGAGUGGAGUCGGGUCAUCUACGUUGAUCACGAGCAGUGGAGCAACCAUAACGAGCGGGUCGGCCACAUUGGGUAAAAUCCCCAAGUCUGCUGCGAUUGGUGGGAAAUCAAAUACAGGGAGGAAAACCAGCCUGGAUGGCUCCCCGAACCAGGAUGAUGUGGGGAUGCACGUGAGCUCCAAAACCACCCUCCAGUACCGAAGCCUGCCCCGCCCUUCCAAAUCCAGCACCAGCGGCAUCCCUGGAAGGGGGGGCCACAGGUCCAGUACCAGCAGUAUCGACUCCAACGUCAGCAGCAAAUCAGCGGGUGCCACCACUUCAAAACUGAGGGAACCCACGAAGAUUGGCUCUGGGCGCUCCAGUCCGGUCACUGUCAACCAAACUGACAAAGAGAAGGAAAAAGUUGCAGCCUCAGACUCAGACAGCGUAUCUUUGUCAGGUUCCCCCAAAUCCAGCCCCACCUCUGCCAGUGCCUGUGGUACCCCAGGACUCAGGCAGCCAGGGUCCAAGUAUCCAGAUAUUGCUUCCCCCACAUUUCGAAGGUUGUUUGGUGCCAAGGCGGGUGGCAAGUCUGCCCCUGCACCUAAUACGGAGGGAGUGAAAUCCUCCUCAGUAGUGCUCAGCCCUAGUACCACAUUAGCGCGGCAAGGCAGUCUGGAGUCACCAUCGUCUGGUACGGGCAGCAUGGGCAGUGCUGGUGGGCUGAGUGGCAGCAGCAGCCCUCUCUUCAAUAAACCCUCAGACUUAACUACAGAUGUUAUAAGCUUAAGUCACUCCUUGGCUUCCAGCCCAGCGUCGGUUCACUCUUUCACAUCAGGUGGUCUUGUGUGGGCUGCCAAUCUGAGCAGUUCCUCUGCUGGCAGCAAGGACACUCCAAGCUACCAGUCCAUGACUAGCCUCCAUACGAGCUCUGAGUCCAUUGACCUGCCCCUCAGCCAUCAUGGCUCCCUGUCUGGACUGACCACAGGCACUCACGAGGUUCAGAGCCUGCUCAUGAGAACGGGUAGUGUGAGAUCUACUCUCUCAGAAAGCAUGCAGCUUGACAGAAAUACACUACCCAAAAAGGGACUCAGAUAUACACCAUCAUCUCGGCAGGCCAACCAAGAAGAAGGCAAAGAAUGGUUGCGUUCUCACUCCACUGGAGGGCUGCAGGACACUGGCAGCCAGUCACCUCUGGCCUCCCCUUCUGCCAUGUCAUCUUCUGCCACAGGAAAAUACCACUUUUCCAACUUGGUGAGUCCCACCAAUCUGUCUCAAUUUAACCUUCCUGGACCCAGCAUGAUGCGCUCAAACAGCAUCCCAGCCCAAGACUCUUCCUUUGAUCUCUAUGAUGACUCCCAGCUCUGUGGGAGUGCCACUUCUCUGGAGGAAAGGCCACGUGCCAUCAGUCACUCAGGCUCAUUCAGAGAUAGCAUGGAAGAAGUUCAUGGCUCUUCAUUAUCACUGGUCUCCAGUACUUCCUCUCUUUACUCAACGGCAGAAGAAAAGGCUCAUUCAGAGCAAAUCCAUAAGCUAAGGAGAGAGCUGGUUGCAUCACAAGAGAAAGUUGCUACUCUUACAUCUCAACUUUCAGCAAAUGCUCACCUCGUGGCAGCUUUUGAAAAGAGUUUAGGGAAUAUGACUGGCCGUUUGCAGAGUCUAACCAUGACAGCAGAACAAAAGGAAUCUGAGCUUAUAGAACUACGAGAAACUAUUGAAAUGCUGAAGGCCCAGAACUCUGCUGCUCAGGCAGCCAUCCAGGGAGCACUGAAUGGUCCCGACCACCCUCCCAAAGAUCUCCGCAUCAGAAGACAACAUUCCUCAGAAAGCGUGUCUAGUAUCAACAGUGCCACAAGCCAUUCCAGCAUUGGCAGUGGUAAUGAUGCUGAUUCCAAGAAAAAGAAAAAGAAAAAUUGGGUGAACUGUAGAGGAAGUGAGCUGAGAAGCUCUUUCAAACAAGCCUUCGGAAAGAAAAAGUCCACCAAGCCUCCUUCCUCUCACUCGGACAUCGAAGAGCUUACUGAUUCCUCCCUUCCAGCCUCACCAAAACUGACCCAUAAUGUUGGAGACUGUGGCUCAGGAUCCAUGAAGCCAUCUCAAUCUGCCUCUGCGUCACCCCUUGUCUGGCCACCAAAGAAAAGGCAAAAUGGCCCUGUCAUCUACAAGCAUAGAUCUCGGAUCUGUGAAUGCACAGAGGCUGAGGCAGAGAUAAUUCUGCAGCUCAAGAGCGAGCUCAGAGAAAAAGAAUUAAAACUAACAGAUAUUCGGCUGGAGGCCCUCAGCUCUGCCCACCAUCUUGAUCAGAUCCGGGAAGCCAUGAACAGGAUGCAGAAUGAAAUAGAAAUACUAAAGGCUGAAAAUGAUCGGUUGAAGGCUGAAACUGGUAACAUUGCUAAGCCUGCUCGACCACCAUCAGAAUCCUCAAGCACUGCGUCUUCCUCUUCUUCCCGGCAGUCCCUGGGGCUUUCCCUCAACAACUUGAACAUCACAGAGUCUGUUACCUCAGAUAUUUUGCUUGAUGAUGCUGGUGAUGCAACUGGACAUAAGGAUGGCCGCAGUGUGAAAAUUAUAGUCUCUAUAAGCAAGGGCUAUGGUCGAGCAAAGGACCAGAAGUCUCAGUCAUAUUUGAUAGGAUCCAUUGGUGUUAGUGGCAAAACCAAAUGGGAUGUCUUAGAUGGAGUAAUUAGACGUCUUUUUAAGGAAUAUGUGUUCCGAAUUGAUACAUCCUCUAGUCUUGGUCUGAGCUCUGACUGUAUUGCUAGCUACUGUAUAGGAGACUUAAUUAGAUCUCAUAACCUAGAAGUGCCUGAACUGCUGCCUUGUGGAUAUCUAGUGGGGGAUAAUGACGUCAUCACUGUGAACCUAAAAGGGGUAGAAGAAAACAGUUUGGACAGUUUCGUUUUUGAUACACUUAUUCCUAAGCCAAUUACCCAAAGGUACUUUAACUUGUUGAUGGAGCAUCACAGAAUUAUACUCUCAGGACCAAGUGGUACUGGAAAGACCUAUUUAGCAAACAAACUUGCUGAAUAUGUAAUAACCAAAUCUGGGAGGAAAAAGACAGAAGAUGCAAUUGCCACUUUCAAUGUGGAUCACAAGUCAAGUAAGGAAUUGCAGCAGUAUCUAGCUAACCUGGCUGAACAGUGCAGUGCUGAUAAUAAUGGCGCAGAGCUCCCAGUUGUAAUAAUUCUUGAUAAUCUCCAUCAUGUGGGUUCUUUAGGUGAUAUCUUCAAUGGUUUCCUCAACUGUAAAUACAACAAAUGUCCAUAUAUUAUUGGAACAAUGAAUCAGGGAGUUUCUUCAUCACCAAAUCUAGAAUUGCAUCACAAUUUCAGAUGGGUAUUAUGUGCAAACCACACAGAACCUGUGAAAGGCUUUUUAGAGAGAUACCUUCGAAGGAAACUGGUAGAGAUGGAAAUUGAAAAGAAUAUACGGAAUAAUGACCUGGUUAAAAUCAUAGAUUGGAUUCCAAAGACGUGGCAUCAUCUCAAUAGUUUUUUAGAAACACAUAGUUCUUCUGAUGUUACCAUUGGUCCUAGACUUUUUCUUCCCUGCCCUAUGGAUGUAGAAGGUUCUAGAGUAUGGUUCAUGGAUCUCUGGAACUAUUCUUUGGUACCAUAUAUUCUAGAGGCAGUGAGAGAAGGUCUUCAGAUGUAUGGGAAACGUGCACCCUGGGAAGAUCCCUCCAAGUGGGUUCUCGACACAUAUCCCUGGAGCUCAGCAUCUCUGCCUCAGGAAGGCCCAGCAUUACUUCAGUUGCGGCCAGAAGAUGUUGGGUAUGAGGGAUGCACAUCUACUAAAGAAGCCACAACUUCAAAGCACAAGCCACAGACUGACACAGAAGGAGAUCCCCUGAUGAAUAUGUUAAUGAAACUCCAAGAAGCAGCCAAUUACCCGGGCACACAAAGCUGCGACAGUGAUAGCACCAGCCACCAUGAAGACAUUUUGGAUUCGUCUCUUGAAUCCACCCUCUAGAGUACAAAAAAAGUGGAAAAAGAAGUUAGGGGUAAAAACAAUGCAUUUUAACAAAGUGUUUUGAAAGACAAAGGUAUUUUCACAAAAGGUAUUUCACUGCCAGUAUGAAAGUCCCCUGUCCAGGGCUCUGACCCAGUCUUGUGGUCACCAAGGAGGAAACAGAACUAAGAUCAG